UCCUCCUCUCACGGUGUGUUGAACUACCAGACGAGUAAGGAGUUUCUUCAGAACACUACACUAGCAAUGCGAGUGGCGCACGUGGACUUGCAAACUGUCCCGGCGACUUUUAAAAAAAUAAUAAUUGCUAAAAGACAUUUGAUUUGCUGGAUAUACAGUUUCACACAGUUUAAAAUUAUGUUUCGUUAGUCUUGUGUUUAUUCCGAAAAAGAAACUGUGCUGUAUGACGCUGUAAAAUUGAGCUCGCGCUAAAUUGAUUAAUAGUUAGAAUGUGGGAGCUGUCAGCGUUGUUUUUUUUUUAAGAAUCACUCCACGUUAUUUGAGCUCAUUAUGGUGGACAAGGGUCCCCUUCUGACUUCGGCUAUCAUUUUUUACCUGUCCAUUGGGGCAGCAAUAUUCCAAGUCAUCGAGGAACCGAACUGGGAGAUCGCAGUAAAGAAUUAUAAAGCAGAAAAGGAGAAAAUAUUGAAACAAUUCCCAUGUCUUACAAAGGCUGACCUGGACCGCAUUCUAAAGGUGGUGUCUGAUGCUGCAGGACAAGGCAUCACCAUCACAGGAGACAAAACCUUCAACAACUGGAAUUGGCCGAAUGCUGUCAUCUUUGCAGCUACAGUUAUUACAACUAUAGGUUAUGGAAAUAUUGCUCCCAAAACACCUUCAGGGAGGGUGUUCUGUAUUUUUUAUGGUCUUUUUGGAGUGCCACUGUGUUUCACAUGGAUCAGUGAACUUGGAAAGUUUUUUGGUGGAAGAGCUAAACACUUUGGGCAAUAUCUUACUAAGAAAGGGGUAACACUGCGGAGAACACAGUUCACCUGCACAGCUGUCUUUCUGUUAUGGGGUGUGUUGGUGCAUUUGGUGAUUCCUCCAUUUGUAUUCAUGUCUCAAGAAGGCUGGACCUAUAUUGAGGGCUUGUAUUUUUCUUUUGUCACUUUGACAACUAUUGGAUUCGGUGAUCUUGUAGCAGGUGUUGACCCCAAUGCUGACUACCCUACUCUGUAUCGGUACUUUGUAGAGGUGUGGAUUUAUCUUGGUCUGGCAUGGCUCUCUUUGUUUUUCAAUUGGAAGGUGCGCAUGGUUGUGGAGGCUCACAAAGCUCUAAAGAAGCGCCGUAAAAGGCGCAAACUUUCUCUGGAUGAGUUACAGCGCAUCAAGGAAAGUCACAAGACGCUACAUCUGCCACCAACUCCCAAUGAUGCCAACAUCUUUAGCUUCCUGUCCAAGAGAAAAGAAUGUUAUAAUGACUUAAUCAAGCAGAUAGGUGCCGAGAAGGAAGGAGAAGAUCAGCGUGUCAGCUUUAUCACCGGCAGCAAGAAUAAAGCACCAAAUCGCUCAAAGAGCUGCAGUGAUAGUCUUUCCAUUAAUGGAAAUUCCAUUCUCAGUCUAGACCGUUCACCACGACAGAAGCGCCGCUAUAGCUUCAGUGACCGAGUUACUGUAGCUCUCUCAAAAUCCAAGAGCUACCUUCUUAGCCAAGAGGAAUGUCUUCUCAUGAAUGAAAUACAUGGGGAAGGAGAAACAGACACCGACCUAGACUGUAUAACAAUGUAUGAGAAUCAGUUGGACAAGGAGGCAGGAGAGAACCAUAAAGGUCUUGAACCUAGAGGCUGCAGUGAUGGCCGGAUCACAUGGGACUCCAAAAGUUACCAGACCCUCAUGUUUCCCAGUGCCAACAUUACCUUCAUUGAUGAAGAGAAUUUGCUAAUCAACAACUUGGAGGAUGAUGAUAAUGACUUUAUAUCUAAGUUCUCAACUGCUGAUGAGACAGAUUUCAAAAAGGGACAAAGCUCAGAAUCUGAGACCUCCGUAUUCACCACAGAAGGGUCGGACCAUGGCUGCUCCUAUGAAAAGCUGGUGGAAGAGUAUUCCAAAGAGGACAACACUGACAUUUGAUUCUGUCUCCUUUCUUAAACUUCUGUAAAGUUUUUCUUUCAUGAAAAACCUGAAAAGGUUUUACUCGCACCCCAUUUACACUUUUCAAAGUUGAAAAGUUGUUUUGUUUUGCAAGUGAUACAACAGUCGUCUAAGCAUCUAAACUGCAGGGUUUAAUAUUCACUAUGACUAUAACUAUAACAAUGCAUGUUCACUGCAUAUUUUUUCCCCACCAUAUUGGUGGAAGUUUUUUCUUUCUUUUUUAGAUAAAGAAAGAGAAGAAACUGUCAACCUGUCAAAGCUUAAUCCUUAUUGGAUGUUGAACCUAUUUUUAUUGUCUUCCAUUUUAGCCAAAGGUUUUCUGUUGGGUAACCAUGUUGACCUGUUAGGUUUUAACUUGGGAUUUGUUUUAAAUGGUAUGUCAUGGUUUGACUUUUUAACACUGUGAUUUUUAUUCCAAGUCUUGUAUUGAUGCUGGCAUUAUGUUUUUAUGUUCCUUAAAUUUGUUAACUCCUAGAACUGUCAAUACGAUGAUAAUCUACACUGAAAAACUCUGUGUCCCUGUCAAGUCAAGAAGACAGUAGUUGAAUAGGACCAAGAUUACAGGAAAUCAGCCAAGAUAACAGGAAAUUAUUGGAAUGUUAGUUUUACUAACAUAAUAAUGACUGUUUUGGGGUCUGACUCAUGUGUUGACAUUAUGCUGGUUCCAUGUUGACAUAAAACCAACAUGCAAAAUAACCAUUAUAAUACCCCAUGGUAUUAAAAAAUAAAAUUGUGGUUCCCUUCACUGAGCUUUAGCUAUGUGUUUUCUCACAUGAUCCUCUUGCGUCAGUUUACUGAAUGCCCCUUGUGUGUAGAGAGUUGCAUCCUGAGCAGAUGUAAUUGUGUUUUAAGAGCAAUCUCCCUUAAUAAUCUUUUGGAUUUUCUUUCUUUUUCUUUCUUUCUUUUUUUUUUUUUUUUUUUUUUUUUUUAAUAUAAGUUGAUUAAACUUACAUACAGUAUGCA